GAGCGCGGCCGAAUCGAGACAGGCGCGCGCAAGAUCGGCGAGGAUGCUCAAGACCAGAGAGAGAGAGAGAGAGUGAUUCAGGGUGGGGGGAGCAGAGGGGCGCGCGACGGUCGGCUUUUGCCGCCGCAUUCUCGAACGCUCGUCUCUUCGCACGGCAGCCGCCAGCCAGACGUACGAGUGCGCGUUCGCAGUGUCGCGUAUAUACGGCGCGCAUAAUCCGUUAAUUUCGCGCGUUCGAAAGAAAGUGGUUAGACCGCGGUCCCUUUGCAGUGCACCAUCGUCGGGAGGAUCGCGUAUUUUUCCGCCGGUGUGACGCAACUUUCUCGGGGGAUCGUUCGCGAAGUCGUUCGGGCUGAUGUGCCCGCGAGCCGAGACGGAGUGCGCGCGAGACGGGUGGCAGUUGACGUUCUCAUUUCUUCGGACAAGCAGCGGAGUGAUCCGAGGGGAAGAGCAGAGCGUCUAAAAAGCUCUCAGUGGUAGGAAUAUCGCGCGAGGAGAGAUAAGAGGGGGAUUAGUAGACGGUGUGCGCGCAGUGGACGUGAGUGAUAAGGCGCGGGGAACAACAACCACCGUCCCGAGCGAUCGUCCGCACGCUGCCGGCAAGAUGAUGGGCAAGCGGACGCAGUGCUACCUGUGCGACCUGCCCAGGAUGCCCUGGGCGAUGAUAAUGGACUUCUCAGAGCCGGUGUGCCGCGGCUGCGUCAACUACGAGGGCGCCGAUCGCAUCGACCUCGUGCUCGAGUCGGCGAAGCAGCUGAAGAAGGCCCACGGCUUCCAGGACGCGCGGCCCUCCGCCUCCAAGACUUACCGCACCGCCGCCGCGCACAGCGAGCACAACGGCGGCGCGAACCUCGACGUGCUGCCGAUCCAGAACACCGCCGCCGGCCAGGGCCACUCGCGGCACCACAACAUCGCCGCCGGCUACUCCCAGCUCCAGCAUCACCGCAACUCCAUCGAGUUCAACUCGGGCUCGGCGGCGGCGGCCGCCCGCCAGCAGAUCGGCCGGCAGCACGAGGAUGGUCACGAGAUGGCGAACGGCAUGAGGAGCAACAACGUGCGUCUGCCGAGCGCCCAUCUGGCCGCGGUGGCGCACCAUGUGAACCUCGGCCACAAUCGCGGCAUCACGCAGCUGAAGCGCGGCAUCUCCGCGAUCGACGAGGACGAGCACGGCGAGAAGAGGCUCUCCCUCGAGGAGCAGCACCCGGUCAGGCCGCCCUUGACGCGCGGCGACUCCCUGCCGGCGGUCAGCCUCGCGGUCAGCUACGUGCAGGACAGGAACAAGGAGAAGCACCCGGUGCGCGCGCCCAGCUUCGAGACCGCGACCACCUUCAAGGCCAACGGUGCGUACGUCGGGCCAUCCAUACCAUUGGCACCGGCUAACGUCGCGGCCAACGGCGGAGGUUCGCCUCUUCGUCCACGAACGAGUCCUCCACCGCCGCCGCCGCCGACACAGGAAAGCGCCAAUGACAAUUCGCAGACGAAUCACCAUCAGGGCUCAGCGAACGGUCCGUCACCGAUGGCCGCUUUGAUGUCAGUCGCCGACAAUCUGACAUCCCCGGAGCCAGUGCCACAGCCGCCGAACAAUCCCAGUCCCACCAGCAGAAGUCCGCCGACCACGGCUACGAAUGCUCAACAGCGCAGCGCCUCCAGGGGUUCCCAGCACAGCCCGAACAGUUCAGGCUCGGGCAGACGGUCCAGCAGCUCCAGGCAGGUGUCAUCGACGACUGUGACGACGUCCUCCGAGGGCGCGGUUGCCCAGGCUGCAGGCGCUGAACCGGUCUCGGCGCCCACCUUGAAGUGUACGUUAUGCCAGGAGCGCUUGGAGGACACGCAUUUCGUUCAGUGCCCCAGUGUGCCGCACCACAAGUUUUGCUUCCCUUGCAGUCGGGACAGCAUAAAGAGACAGGGAGCCGGCUCGGAGGUAUAUUGUCCGAGCGGCGAGAAGUGCCCGUUGGCCAACAGUCAGGUGCCGUGGGCCUUCAUGCAGGGUGAGAUCGCCACCAUACUCGGUGAGGACACCCCGGGCUCCGCGCUCAAGGUCAAGAAGGAGAGGGAAACUUAAGGGAGCCUUACGAUGUCGAUUCAGGGCUCAAAUUUUCUGACCUCCGUUUAAAGAGGGGGGCUGUUAACUGGUGGAAACCGUGAAGGUUUUACCGAACGCUUUUGGUAAUGGCGAUAAGAGAGAGGGAGAGAGAGAGAGAGAGAGGAGAGAAAGAGGGAGAAAAAAAGGAGGAUAUAUACCGUUGGCCACGCGUGAGGCCGACGGUAACGACUCGAGCCAAAGACGUUGUCUGGUGCGGAUUCUCACGAAGUUGUUGUCGACACGGGGGACGGGGGAAUUUUUAAGUGGGGUGGAACGGAGGAAAGUGGACGAUUUUGUUUCGCGCGGAACGGACGCGCGAGGAGAGGAGCGGCUGGCUUACGUGUUUCGAUGACGGUCGAAUUCAAACGGGUGCUGUUUGGUUUGUCGUUUUGCGACCGGUCCUGAGAAGAAGUCUUUGGCAAAUUGCACGCUGGCAGUCGGUUCUGCACACAAUGUACAUACGGAUCUCUUGUAGAGCGGUUGACGCGCGACAGGAAGGAAGAAGGUUUAAAUAUCUUUCGCCACUUCUGGAGGGGGGGAGGCGCGCGUUGAAACCGCGACGACGGUGAUGACGAUUUGUGCCCGGUUUGGGUUUGUACUUAGGCUCGAUACGCCUUUCUUCAUUGUCUCUUGUAUCGCGGGCGUAAUCGCUCGCGUUCUCUCACACGUAUACACUUACACACACUGUACAUUGAUACGGAACACGUGCGUUUACACACACACACACACACACACACACACACACACACACACACACACACACGGAGAAGCAGACUCGUUUGGGACGCGGUACCGCACGCGGCCGCGGUUGUAUUUUAUUUUUUGCGCGUGUUCGAUCGCGAGGUCUCGCGAUCGCGAAUUUCGAACGACUUACGCGAGAGGCAGGCAUCGUCCCGGCGAUCGCCGCCGACCUUUUUUCUAUUCUUUCGUUUGUAUACUCUUUCUACCUACUUAUACACCUACCUAUCCUUGCUCGUUGUAUUAUAUAUAAACGUACGACGGACAUUUUCGAACCCAGUAAGCAUGGGUUUUCUGUACAUUGUGUAUAUGUGUGUACAUACCACAUAUUAUUAAUGAAACAUAUAACUUGAAACGUAUGAAGAAUUUUUAACAAUUUUUAAGUGUACAAAAGUAUAUAUAUGAUAUACAUAUUCGUUUUUGCGUUCUAUCUAUUAAAUUAUUUUUUUUUUUUCUUUUCUCUCUCUAUCUCUCUAUGUUUAUUCUCGCGGACAAAGUUGUACGCGGCCAUCUCUCCGAGGGACUCUUUUCGGUGCACAAAGACACGCGAAGUCCCUUCCCUCUUUUCGUUUCUCGCACGCGAAGGCAUCGCGUUGCUGCUCUUUAAUCAUCCGCGCUCGUCCGGUCUUCGGGGAGAACAAAAACAGAAGAAGAAUAAGAAAACGAAAGGCUCUCACACUCGCGUGAGACACGUACAUAUAUACACGCAUACGUGUACACAUAUACUCGUAUACAUGCAUACAUACAUACAUACAUUCACACACGGUGAGCGACGUCGCCAUCUCGGAGCCACUCACGAAAACGGAUUAUACGAGUAAAGUAAUAAUGACUGUUGCAACGUCCACUUUUCGCCUUUAGUUUAUCGCUAGACCUUAAGUCGAGGGCCUUUUGGUUUUUCAUUUUCACCGAUGAAAAAGGUACGCCCGUCAAAAUAGGAACCACAUACUCGCUAUGUCUAAAAGAUAAAGUGGAGGGGAAAAAAAAAAAACAAGGCAGACAUUCUCUCGCCGGGCGCCCGGGAGGAGGAGGCGCGAUCGUUCUCUCUCAUCACGCCGGCGGUCCUCGUCGCGGAUUCUCCCCCGCGCGCAAGAGGGACUCUCGGGUGCAGGCGACUCCUUUUGUAUAUAUUUGUACAAAACAGAUCGGCACGCACAGUAUGGCGGCGUAGAGGAAACGAAGAGAGCGGGGGGAACGACGCGCUCGGUCGUAGAGGAAAGAAACCCGUCGAAGCGCGGCGUUCCCGCGAUCUAACGACGACGACACGUACGCGAUAACGCGAAGAAGUAGUUGCGCGACGGAGACGCCGAUGGGAGACGCGAUCGAUAGCAAUACUUUAUUACGGCUGUACGUGAUAUUUUCCGUCGAGCCCCGGUGUCGAAGGUGGCGGCAGCGAGCGUGCCUUCGACUCGGCCGUGGUUCGAGGACCUUAGGAGCUCUCGCAUCCUUCUCACGCGACGCUUGUUGUCGCGCUCCUUUUAACGUGCUAAACCUGUAAAAAGGACAACUUUGUACCGGAUUACGAAAGAGAGAGACUUGGUCGUCGGACACCGCGUCAUCCUCGCGCCGACCGCCACGCUUUCGAUGUGACAUUCGUUGUAUAUUUUUAUUCUCGCAUUUUCUCUCGCGCUAGUCGUUCCGGCGGAGGAUACCGCAUCGUGCGAUAUUAUCGUUUCGGGCAGUCGUCCUUCUUUCCGGAGAAAAAACACGUUACUCGGUCACUUUGUUGUCGCACGUACCUCGCGCCACAGGAUAAAAAAGAAUCGCGUGAACCGGUCUUCAUCGUACGGCUAGCUCGUGCUCUUUCCCUUUGUUGUUAUUAUUUCUUGUUGUUGUUGCAGUCGGUCGGCCGGCCGGAUGAGCGAAAUUGGUGUGUUCACCACGAACUUGUCGAAUAGAUCGUUGCGAUGAGAUACACACACACACACACACAUCGGGAUCAUCAUAAUACUUUAUUACCGUAAUACACGUAAUGACGGGGCGGUACUCUCGCUCGCUCGUUUUCGCAUUUAUCCAAUUUCGUUGACGACGACCAAGCCGGAGGACGCUUUCCGGGUUUUCAUUUCCGAUGAGGCGCGCGUGGCGAUAGUUUUCUCCGAUCUCGGGGCAAAAAGAACGAGGAAAAUACGAGGUACUUUCUUCACACGAUUUCAUUGCAAUUCCGUUCAGUUUGUCUCUUCUCUCCCCCACCCCCCCCCUUUUUUUUAUUUUCCUUCCCCUUUUCUUUUUCUCCGUUCAUUCGUUCGUUCGUUUUUUUUUUUAUUUUAUUUUACGAUUCCCUUAUAGCUACACAGAGAGAUACACGAAAUCGACGAAGAUAUGAAACAAUACGACGCAUAGCAAUUGUAGUAGUGGAUAAUGAAAUUUUCUAGUAUACCAUACCUCGAGAGGAACGCGUAACAUUGUACUGUUUAUCGUAUGUAUGCAUACAAGCAAAAAACAAAAUAUAUGUGUUGAUGUGACAGAA